AUGUUCCGAACCGCCCUCCUCAGCUCUGUACGCGGCGCCACGCGCCAAGUUGCCCAAAAAUCUGGAGCAAUCGCUCGCCCUGCCGCCCAGAGCUACAUCUUCUCGCAGUCCCGAUUCGCCCCGUCUGCCUUCCAGGCUGUGAGAUGUUACUCUGCUGCUGCUGGCCUGUCAAAGACGGAGGUUGAGGGCAGAAUAGUGGACUUGUUGAAGAAUUUUGAUAAGGUGCGUUCUGUCCGAGUAGAGAUUGAGAAGAGAGGUGCUGAUGAACUCCUACAGGUUACCGAUGCGUCGAAGCUCUCGCCUACCUCCAACUUCGCGAACGAUCUCGGCUUGGACAGCUUGGAUACUGUUGAGGUUGUGAUGGCUAUCGAGGAGGUUAGUACAUUGGAAUAUCAAAGCCACAUGGAGGUCCUGACGCCAGCACAGGAAUUCAGCAUCGAGAUCCCGGAUAAGGAGGCAGAUGCCAUUCAUAGUGUUGACAAGGCCGUUGAGUACAUUCUUGCGCAACCAGAUGCUCACUGA